AUGGCUGCCCGCGUAGAAUCCUCUGUUUCCCGCUUCCUCCCCGAUCCCAAGGCCGUUGCUAUCGUUGGCUGUCCCUUCAGUGGUGGCCAGCCCAAAGCCGGCGUGGACGGCGGACCCAUUCACCUCGUAGAGGCCGGUCUGCCCGAGCAGCUCGCUGAGCUCGGAUGGAAGGUCCAGUUUGACGGGCAUCACCAGUUUGAAGAGCUCAACACCCAGGACGAUCCCCCAAUUGGCAAGCUCAAGAACCCCCGCUUGGUGUCGCGUGUCUGCAAGGCCGUCGCCGACGUUGUGGGCGACCACGCUAAAAAGGGACAGCUUCCCCUUACGCUCGGCGGCGAUCAUUCGCUGGCGAUGGGUACCAUCUCCGGGACCCUUCAAAAAUACCCCGACGCUUGCGUUAUCUGGGUAGACGCACACGCGGACCUCAACACCGCCGAAACCACGGACUCCGGCAACAUUCACGGCAUGCCCGUCUCCUUCUUGCUCGGGCUCGGGCCGAAGAUCGAGGAGUUUGCGUGGGUGCAGCCGCUCCUUAAGCCGCACCGCCUGGUGUACAUCGGCCUGCGCGACGUCGACGUGGGCGAGCGCCGCCUGCUGCGCGAGAACGGUAUCAAGGCGUACAGCAUGCACGAGGUCGACAAGUACGGCAUCGGGCGCGUCGUCGAGAUGGCGCUCGACCAUGUCAACCCGGGCCGCAAGCUGCCCAUCCACCUGAGCUUCGACGUCGACGCGCUUGACCCGACGGUUGCGCCGUCAACUGGCACGCCCGUUCGUGGUGGCCUUACGUUCCGCGAGGGCCACUACAUCUGCGAGGCUGUCUAUGAGACCGGUUGCCUCGUCGCGCUGGACAUCAUGGAGGUCAACCCGUCGCUUGAGGACACCGCUUCGGUCAAGCAGACCGUCGCCGUCGGGUGCUCGCUCGCGCGCGCCGCCCUUGGUAUGUCGUAA